UUUUCGUCAUUUUCAUCUCAAGCUCCAACCCUACAUCGUCAUUCGUCUCCUAGAAAGAAAGAAACUGUGAAGAACAAAAACAACAAAGCCAAGAACCAGCCCUAAACCUCAGAUUUCGCAAAUUUCUAGGGUUUCGGAAGGGUUAACAAUGGCGUCCGUAGACCCGGAGAUCGCGAAGACACAGGAAGAUAGAAGAAAAAUGGAGCGAGAACUUGCCUCGAUUAAUUCCGUCACAUACGAUACCGAGUUCUAUGGUGGCAACGACAAGGAUGCCUAUGUCUCCUCUAUUCCGGUAAUGGACGACGACGAGGAUCUCGACGCGAUGGACAACGAGGUCGCUCGCAAGCUUGCGUCGUAUACCGCCCCGAAGUCGCUGAUGAAGGAGGUGCCCAGGGGAGGGGAAGAAGAUGGGGAUUUAGGGUUUAAGAAGUCGCAGAAGAUUAUCGAUCGAGAGGAUCCGUACAGGCAGCGGAGGCUGAAUCGGGUGAUUUCGCCGGACCGAAACGAUCCGUUUGCUUCUGGGGAGAAGACGCCGGACCCGUCGGUGAGGACUUAUGCGGAUGUGAUGAGGGAAGAGGCGUUGAAGAGGGAGGAGGAGGAAACCCUAAGACUUAUUGCCAAGAAGAAGAAAGAGGAAGAGGAGGCCGCCAAGGAGGCGGCGGAGAAGGGCGUGCCGGCUGCUUCGGCCGAUGCUUCCCAGCCGCAGAAGAGGAGGAACAGGGGGGACCUGUCUCAGGACGAUGGCACUGCGAAGAAGGCGAAGACGACAUCCGAUUGGGACUUGCCUGAUACGACACCGGGGCGAUGGGACGCGACCCCGACGCCUGGGAGACUGGGGGAUUCAACGCCCUCGCUUGCGAGGAGGAACCGGUGGGAUGAGACACCGACACCGGGGCGAGUGGCGGAUUCGGAUGCCACCCCAGCUGGUGCGGUCACCCCUGGCGCUACCCCUGCCGGGAUGACUUGGGAUGCUACCCCGAAGCUUGCGGGGAUGGCCACACCGACUCCUAAAAAGCAGAGGUCUAGGUGGGAUGAGACCCCGGCCACGAUGGGUAGUGCGACUCCGAUGGCGGGAGCUACGCCCGCGGCUGCUUAUACUCCUGGUGUGACUCCUGUUGGAGGGGUUGAGCUUGCUACUCCAACACCGGGGGCUAUUAAUCUGCGUGGCACGGUUACACCGGAGCAGUAUAAUUUAUGGAGGUGGGAGAAGGAUAUUGAGGAGAGAAACCGCCCAUUGACUGAUGAAGAGCUUGAUGCUAUGUUCCCACAAGAGGGUUAUAAGAUUUUGGAGCCUCCGGCUUCUUACGUGCCUAUUAGAACUCCGGCAAGGAAGCUGCUCGCCACGCCGACACCGAUGGGAACUCCUCUUUAUGCAAUCCCGGAGGAGAACCGCGGGCAGCAGUUUGAUGUUCCAAAGGAAGCUCCGGGUGGUUUGCCGUUUAUGAAACCAGAGGAUUACCAGUAUUUUGGGGCGUUGUUGAACGAAGAGGAUGAGGAAGAACUGUCCCCCGAGGAACAAAAAGAGAGGAAGAUUAUGAAGCUCUUGCUCAAGGUUAAAAAUGGUACACCGCCACAGAGGAAAACGGCGUUAAGACAGCUUACUGAUAAAGCUCGAGACUUUGGUGCUGGUCCAUUGUUUAACCGCAUUUUGCCGCUGCUUAUGCAACCUACUUUGGAGGACCAAGAGAGGCAUCUUUUGGUUAAGGUCAUUGAUAGGGUGCUUUACAAAUUGGAUGAAUUGGUAAGACCGUAUGUUCACAAAAUUCUUGUUGUCAUUGAGCCUUUAUUGAUUGAUGAAGAUUAUUAUGCUAGAGUGGAAGGAAGAGAGAUUAUCUCCAAUCUUAGUAAAGCAGCAGGGUUGGCGACUAUGAUCGCCGCUAUGCGUCCUGAUAUUGACAACAUCGAUGAGUAUGUUAGAAACACAACUGCUAGAGCCUUUAGUGUUGUUGCUUCUGCUCUUGGUAUCCCUGCGCUUUUGCCAUUCUUGAAAGCCGUUUGUCAGAGUAAGAAAUCUUGGCAAGCUCGGCACACUGGUAUCAAGAUUGUUCAGCAGAUUGCCAUCUUGAUUGGUUGUGCUGUUCUUCCCCACUUGAGGUCUCUUGUGGAGAUUAUAGAGCACGGUCUGAAUGAUGAGAAUCAAAAGGUGAGGACAAUUACUGCCCUCUCACUUGCUGCACUUGCAGAAGCUGCCGCUCCAUAUGGUAUUGAGAGCUUCGACUCUGUUUUGAAGCCGCUGUGGAAAGGUAUUAGGUCGCACCGUGGUAAGGUCUUGGCUGCAUUUUUGAAGGCCAUUGGUUUUAUUAUUCCUUUGAUGGAUGCAAUAUAUGCCAGUUACUAUACCAAGGAAGUGAUGGUUAUAUUGAUUCGAGAGUUCCAGUCACCUGAUGAAGAAAUGAAAAAAAUUGUGCUGAAAGUGGUGAAGCAGUGUGUGAGUACGGAGGGUGUGGAGGCUGAUUACAUAAGAACUGAUAUUCUUCCCGAGUUCUUCAAGAACUUCUGGGUCAGGAGGAUGGCAUUGGAUAGAAGGAACUAUAAGCAACUAGUGGAAACAACUGUGGAGAUGGCAAACAAAGUUGGUGUUGCUGAUAUUGUUGGACGAGUUGUUGAGGAUCUCAAGGACGAGAGUGAACCAUAUAGGCGAAUGGUUAUGGAGACAAUUGAAAAGGUUGUAGCAAACUUGGGUUCGUCUGAUAUUGAUGCUCGCUUGGAAGAGCUUCUGAUUGAUGGAAUUCUCUAUGCUUUCCAAGAGCAGACCAGUGAUGAUGCCAAUGUGAUGCUUAAUGGGUUUGGAGCAGUGGUAAAUUCUCUUGGACAGAGGGUAAAGCCGUAUUUACCUCAGAUUUGUGGUACCAUCAAGUGGCGUUUGAAUAAUAAGAGUGCAAAGGUUAGACAGCAGGCGGCUGAUCUUAUUUCAAGGAUUGCUGUUGUCAUGAAGCAGUGCCAAGAAGAACAACUCAUGGGUCAUCUUGGUGUUGUGUUAUACGAGUAUUUGGGAGAAGAAUACCCUGAAGUUCUUGGAUCUAUUCUCGGGGCGCUGAAGGCAAUUGUUAAUGUCAUUGGUAUGACGAAGAUGACACCUCCUAUAAAGGAUUUGCUUCCCAGGUUGACUCCAAUUUUAAAGAACAGGCACGAGAAAGUGCAAGAAAACUGUAUUGACCUUGUGGGUCGUAUUGCUGAUCGUGGUGCUGAGUUUGUUCCCGCUAGGGAGUGGAUGAGAAUAUGUUUCGAACUUCUUGAGAUGCUUAAAGCCCACAAAAAGGGCAUCCGUCGAGCUACGGUGAACACAUUUGGUUACAUUGCUAAAGCUAUUGGACCACAAGAUGUGCUGGCUACCCUGUUGAACAAUCUAAAGGUUCAGGAACGUCAAAACCGUGUAUGCACAACUGUAGCUAUUGCAAUAGUCGCCGAAACCUGUUCGCCUUUCACAGUUCUGCCUGCCCUGAUGAAUGAGUACCGUGUUCCGGAGCUGAACGUUCAGAAUGGUGUCCUGAAAUCACUCUCGUUCCUGUUCGAGUACAUUGGUGAAAUGGGGAAGGACUACAUUUAUGCUGUGACACCCUUGCUCGAGGAUGCCCUGAUGGACAGAGAUUUGGUGCACAGGCAAACCGCAGCUUCUGCCGUGAAACACAUGGCCCUGGGAGUGGCAGGAUUGGGUUGCGAGGAUGCGCUGGUCCAUCUGCUGAACUAUGUGUGGCCAAACAUAUUCGAGACUUCCCCACAUGUCAUAAAUGCCGUGAUGGAAGCCAUUGAAGGGAUGAGAGUGGCUUUGGGUGCUGCCAUUGUCCUGAACUACUGCCUUCAAGGGCUUUUCCAUCCUGCAAGGAAGGUUAGAGAGGUUUAUUGGAAGAUUUACAACUCGCUGUAUAUUGGAGCUCAAGAUGCCCUUGUGGCGGCUUAUCCGACGCUGGAAGAUGAGCAUAACAAUGUGUAUAGCAGGCCUGAAUUGAUGAUGUUCGUGUGAAGUUGUAGUUUAUUUAGCUAAUAUAGAAUUUUUAUGGAACAGUCAAGUUUUAUGUUUUAGUUGUUGUAGUUUGAUCGAGAGAGAGUACUUAAAAAUGGUCUGCUUUAAUGAUGGUUAUGGUGCCGUCUCUUUUUUUUCAUGUUGGUGCUUUUGCUAAAAUACAUAAAAGCUCGUUAUCUCUAAAAUUAGAAAGAUCAACAGAUUUCUCAACA